AGAAUAUUACUAUAUUAUAUAAGAAUUAAUAGUGCCAAAACUGUUUCUGAAGACAAUUCAGGAUACAGAAAUUUAAAUUUGAAAACUUAGUUUAUUCUUAACGGUCAAUGAUAGAUGUUUGUAUUUAAAUGAAUAGAUUCUGCUAUGGUGUUUAAUAAGAAGGAUUUGGCUAAAGCAUUUUCGCCAAGUAAGGUUAAAAAAUUCACAAAGAAACGACUUUCAAGCAAUGGAACGAAACCAAGUACAAGUGAAAGUACAAUUUUAUCGGCACAAUCUGACUCUGCCUCGCAGACGAGUAUUAAGGUAAUUGUAAGAGUACGACCACAAAAUGAACAUGAGCUUCAAGGCAAUUGUAGGACCGUUAUAAAAAUUGUUGAUGAUAAAAUGCUUAUUUUUGAUCCUAAAGAAGAGGAAAAUCCAUUCUUUUAUCAUGGCGUUGCUCAAAAAGGUCGUGAUUUAAAUAAGAAACAAAAUAAAGAAUUACAAUUCAUUUUUGACAAAAUAUUUGAUAUGACAUCAAAUAAUAUUGAUGUAUUUGAAGGAAGUACUAAAGAUUUAAUUUGUAGUCUUUUGGAUGGUUAUAAUUGUUCUGUAUUUGCAUAUGGAGCAACUGGUGCUGGAAAAACUCAUACUAUGCUUGGUUGUAACGAAGAUCCUGGUAUCACGUAUAGAACAGUAGCAGAAUUAUUUUCUCAAAUAGAAAAGCAAGGUGAACAUCGUGAAUUUAAUUUAGGUGUAACGUAUUUAGAGGUUUAUAAUGAAAAUGUACAAGAUCUUUUACAUAAAUCUGGACCUUUGCACUUAAGAGAUGAUGGUAGAUGUGGAAUAAUUGUUGCUGGUCUUAAAAUAAUUGCUAUUCAGAGUGCUGAAGAAUUAUUGACACUUUUAGCAAAAGGAAACAAAAAUCGUACUCAACAUCCUACUGAUGCAAAUGAGGAAAGUAGUAGAAGUCAUGCUGUUUUCCAAGUUUAUAUUAAUAUUACUAAUAAAUUAGAUGGUCAAGUAAGACAAGUUAAAUUGUCUAUGAUUGAUUUAGCUGGAUCUGAAAGAGCUUCUGCUACAGGUUGUAAAGGAGCAAGAUUUAAAGAAGGUGCAAAUAUUAAUAAAUCUUUAUUGGCUCUAGGCAAUUGUAUUAAUAAAUUAGCGGAUGGUGCAAAACAUAUAACAUACAGAGAUUCUAAAUUGACUCGUCUUUUAAAAGAUUCAUUAGGUGGAAAUUGUCAAACAGUUAUGAUAGCUAACAUUUCACCUUCUAACUUUAGUUAUGAAGACACAUAUAAUACAUUAAGAUAUGCAAAUCGAGCAAAGAAGAUCAAGAGUCAUAUAAAGAAAAAUAUUAUAUCUUGUGAAAUGCAUGUAACUGCAUAUAAAACCAUGGUUGAAGAACAAAAAAAAGAGAUAAAUUAUCUAAAACAAAAGUUAUUAGCACUUGAAAAUGGAUCUUUACAUGUAUUAACAGAUUGUAAAAAUGAUAAUGUUAGUAAAGAAAUGGAUAAAAAUGCAUUAACUAUGACCAAUGAAUUGAUUGAAUUACUUCAAAAGAAAAAAGUUCUGAAUGAAAAAAUUCUUUCAUUGGAAAGUGCAGAUAAGAUAUUAUGUUGUAGAAUUCAAUAUAAAAAAGCAGCAGAUGAAAGAUUGCAUAAUCUAACAGCAGCUGUUGAUACUUUAACACUUGAAGAACAAAAUGCAAGUGGCAAAUCAAGAGUUAAUAAAUCAUUACAUUAUUUUGAACGACAAAGAGAUUCCUUAAAAAUACAGAUGAAAGCAGCAUGGGAAGAAUUAUGUUUAAUAGAAACAGAAAUACAAAAAUUGGAUGCAGAAGUAAAAUUAAAUAGACAUGAAAAAUUAGAAAACAUGAUUGCAUUACAAAUUUCUGAAAUAGAAAAAUCUAGAUUACAGCAACAAUAUGAACAUGCAAAGAAAGUAAGUAAUCUUCAACAAUGUGAAAUAGAAUCUCAUUAUUCAAUGAUUAAAAUGAUGAGUACAACAUUACAAAAUUAUUAUGAUUUGAUGAGAGGAUAUGGAACAAUGACAGAUACAAUGAAAGAAGAAUUUAAACAAUUGAUUAAGUUAUUGGAAGGAGUAAGAAAUAUCAAAUGGUCAGAUAUGGAAAUAGUUAAUCAUGAAGAACGAUUUUAUAGUUUGACAUGUCUUAGUGUAAUACAUUUAAUGGAUCCUCUUAAUAAUGAGAUGCCUAUAUAUACAUUACAUCCUUUAGACGAGCAGAAUAAAGAUAGUUAUAUCAUUAAAGAUACAUUAAAUACAACUUUUGAUGCUUCAUCUGUAGAAAAAGACAAAGUAUUGGAUGAUAUAAAUGCUAUAUUACAAGAAAAUUCAAAUUUGAAUUAUGAUAAAGCAACAAAAGAUAAUAUAGAAGAAUAUAAUAAAAAUAUACAAUGUAAUAAACAAGAACAGACUAAGAAGCGUAUUCUUUCAGAAAAAAAUAAUAUAAAUACAAAAAGGACUCCUACUAAACAAGCAAGAAAUAUAUCACCAAAAAGUAAAGAUACUAAAAUUUCUUUAAUAGGAAAUAAAGAAAGUAAAAAACAUAUUCAAAAAUCACAUGUUACAAUGAGUGCCAAAAGCAUAGCUAUAUUAAAUAAAUUAAAAGCAGAUAAAUUGAGAAAAGAAAAUAUUGAUUUAAAUGUAUCAGAUGGAAUAUUAAAAGUAGUAAGAGAAAAAGAAAGGAGAGGAUUAAUGACUACACAUCCUUAUCAAAAGUUAAAUGGAAAACAAAAAUGUAUUUCAGCUUUAUCUUCAUCAAGAGUUCCACGGUAGCAACAAUAUAAAAAAUAAUUUAAUGAUAAAAGAAAUGUGUAUACUUAUUAACAUAAUUAAAAUUAUUUUAUCUAUUAACAUAUAAAUAUAAAAAAUUUUUAGUCUAAAACAAUGUUAUAUCAUAUUUGUAUAAAAAUAAUUUUGUAAUAAGAAAGAUAAUCACAAAAUAUUUAAGAUUAUGCUAUUUAAACAAAGUUAUAAAAAUACAAAUAUAUCUCUUAAUAAUGUAUUUCUUGACUAAAAAUAUUUGUAAUUCAUAUUAUUUUUCAAUAAUAUUUUUAUCAAUUGUAUAAAGAUUGAAUUCAAGAUAAAAAUGAAAAAAAAGAGAAUAAGAUUAAUUUAAAUUUAUUUGAAAUUAUUAAUUAAUUUCUAAUACUUUUUUUAUAUUAUAAUGUAAUAAUUAAAAAGAUCUAUAAACAAAAAAUUGAUUUAAAAAAUAUUAUUACUAAAUAUAAAUGUAAAAUUACAUUGAUAAAUACUAUAAAUGAAAAUUAUUUUUUGGUUUUUAAUAUAUGUUAGAAUUGAAAUUAUAUAUCUUUUAUAUUUAAAUUUUUUAUUAUUUCUUUAAUUUAUUAAUUUAAUUUAAGAUAUAAGAAAAAAAUAGAAAAGUAAUUUUUUUUUAAUUUUUGGAAAUAAAUUAUUAAAAUAAGUUAUAAUAUUAAUGAAUAUAUUUUUUUUAUUUGUUAUGUAAUGUAAUCAUAAAUCAUUUAAUGAAUCCAAUAAGUACUAAAAAAAAUUUGAUUCAAAUUCGUAUUAGAUAAUUAAUUAUCAAAAAAAAAAAAAUACAAUGAACAUGUAAUGAAUAUAAUAACAAAAAAAAUGACUAAGUAAAAAAAAGAUUGGAAUUAAUGGAUGAAAAAUGAAAAUUUAAUAACGAAUAUUAAUGAUAUUACAAUCUAACAAAAUAUUUUUAUAUUAGAUAAUUUAUAGAUACAUAAUAGUUCGUAAAUUUGUGCAAGUUUGCCGAAGAGAUUUAUAUAUAAAUUUUGACAUUAAAUUUUACACUAUGAGAAUAGUAGAGGAAUUACGAACAAAUUUGAUAACACCAUUUGUCCACUAAUUCAUAGUGAAUAAUAAAAAUACAUAUAAAUAUAGUAUUAUAUCAUUAUCGGAUAGAUCAUGUCAAGUUUAUUAAAUUUCAUUAAUUUAUUUCUCUUCUACUAUUUUUAAUAUAGAAUUUGAUAUCAAUUUUUAUUAAAGAUACCAGAUAUAAAUUUCAAAUCCGUGGAAUCAUUCUAAUUGCGAGUAAUUGAAAGAGAAUAACAUAAUGUUACGCCAUCUAUUAAAACAUAUAUGUUAAAAUGCAAUUUUCAUACGAUAAUAAAUUAUAAUUUUUUUCGUUAUAA